AUUAACAGCUAUACCAUGGAAAUUAGCCCCUGGCAAGGACAUCAGUAUAAAAGUAACAAAAAUAGUAGCCCUGGAGAUUCUUCUGGACACACCAAACCUUCUGAUGAUAAGCUCACUCAAUAUUUCGAAGAUUUGGCAGCUAAAGCUCUAGACCUUACCAAGAAAUAUGGCUUAAAAGACGAAUUUGAAAUGAUUAGAGGGGAAAUUAAAUAAACACGAGGUUAUUCAGAAAUCUCAAAGCAGCUUUGAGAAUGAAUAUAAUUAUCAAACCUAUUCAUCCUCAGAUGAGAGUGAUGAUAGCUUCGAAUUUCGCAGGCAAAGGAAGCAAAAGACUCCUCGGUAUAUGAAACAUUAUGAAAGACCCAAGAAAGUUGCUCAUCCAGAGACACCUGAUUACGAAAAGAGGAAAAAGCGAAAAUUAGUGUUGAAAUAAAGGGGAGGUUACACCUCAUGAAAGACUUUAUGCCCUAGCAGCAAGGAACCAGAUUAAAAAAGAUAUUUUAGCAGCUGAAGAGAGGGCUCCUCCUGUGGUUACCAAAAAGUUCUACCCUCAAGUUAUCCGCCAGUAUGAAGAUGCCAAGAAGUAUAAUAAGGAGAACCACUAUGUUUCUAAGAGGGAUGAGGAGGUUGAAGAUCAAAUAGAAUGAACCUUCCAGCCUGAAAUCACCAGAUCACAGAGAAUAGUGGAAGGAAGAAGGAAUGCCCCUAUUUUUGCACCUCUUUUAACUGAGGAGGAAAAACAGCAAAAGCAGCAACAGAAACUUGAUGAAGAAAUGAUAUCCUGAACUUUCAAGCCAGAACUCAACAAGAAGUCUAUAAAGAUGGCUGACGAGAUCCUUAGGAAAAAGCAAAUAGAAGAGGAGCAGCAAUCCCUCAAAAAGCCUGAUAUUAUUCCAAUGAAACAGCAAAUAAGGAAGGCUGCUAAGGCAUCGAUGCUCUUUGAUGUCCAUAGCCAUACUGCUCAGGAAAGACUUGAGAAAAUGAGACAAAACCUGCAUUCUAGAAAAGAACUGGAGGCUAAAGAUGGAGAUCCUUAUAGUGGAGAUUCUGAUCAAAAUGUAAUGACUCCUGAGUUUGAGGAUGCUGAGGAAGAAGCUGAUGAAGUUCACAUGCUUCCACAAACAGAUAGCUUUGUAAGUGAGAAUUAUGAAGAAGAGGAUAUUGAUCAGAUGAUUAAGCAAGUCAUAUUUGAGAAUGAAUUUCAUAAAUAACGCUUUUCUUUCAAAUUCAUCAAAUUCAA